UGGACAGUUUACAGAGCAGUCAAGGAUACCGUUACACCAGGACUACAACCCAUCCAGAGAGGCCCCGGGCCACCCGUCUUUGUGGCUUUCUCAGUUCACGUGGAGGAUGGAAGAGGAAGAGAGCAGCCCCUUGCUGUCUCAGGGUACUGCUGGCCAAGAGCGGUCACUCAACAGGAACAGUCCACCUACUUCAAACAUCCUAGGCCCAGAACUCUGGAAGGAUCAGGUAGGGGCCUGGGGCUGCCGAUGCUGUCCCGGGGCAAAGCACCAGGCCUGGAAGGAAGGCCAGGCCUCCUCUCUCCCACUCUCCACAGGAAGUAACUGUGUCAAGUAUCUGACUUUCCUCUCUAACUUCUUCUUCUCCCUGCUGGCCCUGGUGACCCUGGCAGCAGGGCUCUGGGGGCUGGCUGUCAAAAGGUCUCCAGAGAACAGCUGGGGUGGAGCCCUGCCGGCAGACCCCAUGCUGGUGCUGGUGCUGGGAGGCCUGGUGGUCAGUGUGGUGAGCAUGUCAGGAUGUCUGGGUGCCCUCUGUGAGAACAGCUGCCUACUACGCUUCUACUGUGGAGCUGUCCUCAGCUGCCUGGCACUGGAAGCCCUGGCAGGGACGCUGGUGGUGGCCCUCUGGGGCCCACUGCAGGAGGGCCUGAAGUAUGCCCUGCGUGCGGCCAUCAUCCACUACCACAAUGACCCAGACCUGUGCUUCCUCCUCGACCAAGUCCAGCUGGGGCUGCAAUGCUGUGGAGCGGUUUCCUACCAGGACUGGCAACAGAACCUGUACUUUAACUGCAGCUCUCCCGGGGUACAAGCCUGCAGCCUUCCUGCCUCCUGCUGCAUUAACCCCCAGGAAGGGGGAGCUUUGGUGAACACUCAGUGCGGCUUUGGGGUUUUGCACCUGGACCAGAAUGCAGCUGGACAAGUAGUGCACCUGCAGGGCUGCUGGCCUGUGCUGCAGCAGUGGCUGCGAGGGAACAUGCAGACCAUAGGCGGCUGUGUCAUCACUGUUGUCGCGAUCCAAGGGGCUGAACUCCUGUUGGCCGCCUGCCUGCUAAGGGCCCUAGCUGUACCAAAGGCAGCAGAGGACACAGAACCUGGACCUCUGUGAGGUGAGAAGAGCUGAGAAGACCCUGAUACAGGCCAAGUUCCAAGCCUCUUCUCAUCUUCCAAGGAAAGUCAGAGUAACUCGCAUGGAACAGACCCCUGGGCUCCACUCCUGGUCCAUUGCCUCUUUGCUACAUCUGUCAGUCCCCCAAGGCCCGCCUAGACCGACUCUGUCCUGCCCUAAUCUCAUGAUUUCACUCCUGAGUUCUCAGGACCCAUCUAAGCCCAAAGGCUACCAUGGUCUGUGCCUGAGCACACCUGUUUCCCACUAGGCUGGCAGGAAGAGCAAGGGCUGAGGGCCCCUGCUUCCAACCUCAGCCCCCUGCCCUGAUCUAACUCACCCUGACUGGCUCUAGGUCCCCAUUUCUGCAGAGAUGGCCUCUCUCGGCUCCACUCCUGCUUUCUGGCCUUUGGUGAGCUGUAGGAUGCAACCCAGGCCUUGUUCUGUAGAAAGCUGUUUUGGUAGCAGGAAGACUUGUAUAUUGGUGUGUGGAUUCACAUUUGCAUAGUAAACUACAGAUCUCACAAUGA